AGGUGCUAUAGCUCGGUUGGUAGAGCGGCCGUGCCAGCAACUUGAGGGUUCCAGGUUCGAUCCCCGCCUCCGCCAUCCUAGUCACUGCCGUUGUGUCCUUGGGCAAGACACUUUAGCCACCUGCUCCCAGUGCCACCCACACUGCUUUAAAUGGAACUUACAUAUUGGCUUUCACUAUGUAAAGUGCUUUGAGUCACUAGAGAAAAGCGCUAUAUAAAUAUAUAUUUCACUUCUCUUCACUUAUUUGGUCAGUGCUAAUCGAUGCUAACAUGCUAUUUAGGCUAGCUGUAUGUACAUAUUGCAUCAUCUCCAUGUGGCCCCCCUUCUAACAUGACUUUGACACCUUUGCUUUAUAUCAAACAUGCUUCACUUAAGACAGGAUUUGGCAGCGCCGUGUUGUCCCACUAAUUUCGGCGGUCCUUGAACACAACGUAGUUUGUUGAGUGGAGGAAAAUGAUCAAAGUACAUAAAUAACAUCCUGUAAUUUCAUUUUGAUAUUUUUUCAUCUUGAUAGAUUGAAAAUGAGCAUCAAUGAUGGCAGAAUGUUUAUUGAUGAUUGCUGGUUUUGUUGAUAAUGAAAAGGUGUGAUCAUGUAUGUUAGUUGGGGGCCGCAGGGGCCACACGGUCUUUAUUGUUUCUAACAUCUUUAUUAAAAGCUUUAACACUUUGACAUAUAUGAGAAAACAACAACAUUUGUGUGCCUGCAUGGCCGACACUUCUUGUGUGUUGAUGCUCCAAGUAUGGAGUCAUUAGGAGUCAUUAGUUGAGGAGCUGAAUGAGAAUGGCUGCUUGGGCCCUUGGGGGCCCCUCAUUAUGCACGCGCCUUAAAAGAAAGCCGUGGGGGGGGUGAAAGCAAAAUGGGGGCAGGAUUCAAGUUCUUUGUGUGCAUUGUGAGUGAGGAUAUAAAGCAGGGGACACAAGACAAGUGUUGGGGACACAAACAUGGCCUGGAUGCUUCUAGUAUGUUCCCUGGCGGUCUUCACCACCAACUCCAUCGGGGGCCUUUGCCGCGCACUGGCCGCGCACGGAUCCAAGGACGCGUCCUGGGCUUUACGCGCGGACGCGCUCAGGCACCGGGACCACCAGGAGCACCAGGACUACCAGGAGCACCGGGACCACCAGGAGCACCAGGACCACCAGGACCACCAGGACCACCGGGAGCGCUGCGCGGAUCUGACGGCCGCCUGGCUGCACACCUCACGGGUCCAAGCUGCGGAUAAGUCCACCGUGCUGCACCUCAGCGUCCGGCCGGCGUCUGCUGGAGCGUCCCAGGGCUGGGUGUUCCCGGAGCAGCCGCUCUUCAGCUUCGUGCGGCGGGUGUACCGCUGCUGUCAGGAGGCCGGGGAGUGCAGGAGCGUCAGGGGCCUGCAGGGAGGCUUCCGAGCUGGAGGUCCAGACGUGGAGUUUCUCCUCAGCAGAGACAUUUUGUUUGUGAGUGUAAUGCGAGCCGAGCUCCACCUGCAGCUUUCUAACCCGCAACACGUCAACAUCCAGCCUGUUCUUCUUCCCCUGCUGGCCAACAAGAAGCUUCCUACGAGGUUCAUCUCAAGGUCGCAGGGGGACACCACGCAGCUGAGAGUGGAUCUGCUCUUCUUCUUCCAGCGCCUCCAGGCGGCGGCGGCGGGCGGGCCAGGAGGAGGAGGCCGCCGCCACCUGGCCAACAUGAUGCUUUCUUCCACACGACACCAGCUGCAGGACCACCACCAUGACCACCAUGACCACCAUGACCACCAUGACCACCAUGGCGGCGUGUGGGGCGAGAUGGGCGUGGCUUUAGUCUGCAGCCGGGAGGGCGCACCUGUCACCUGCCAAAGUGGCCAAGUCCGCCUCCUGCACUCGCCUUUCCUGGCCAUCUACUACCGAUGAUGGACUACAACACUUUCAUCACGCACUUCCAAAGCAAAUUUAUUAACUUAUAAAUGUAAACAUUAUAUAAAUAUAUUUUCA